AUAAUAUUUACAAAUAGAACUUUGCUUUAGCUCAAGCAUAAGCACAUAUAGGCGCCCACAAUCUCCAUUUUCACCAAUCACAACUUAGCAGCUUUGACCCUUUCCCUUUCUUUUUCUGCUUUGCUUUUUCACUCUCUUCUAAUUCCCCUGUUUCAUACAUUAUUAUAUAAGCAUUCAUUCUCUCUUGCUCUCUUUGCUUUUGCUUUUUUGCUUUAUAAAAGAGCUAACAAUUUCUCAAAGUAGCUCCCUUUUCUUGGAUUUUCACUGAUUUUUGAUGUUGUAAUGAUUUUGGGUUUUUUGAAUUUUGAUCUAUAUAUUGUUUUUUCAGUGUUUUAAUUCAGUGUUUUAGUUGGAUUUUGGAUCUUUUUAUGUAUAUCUAGGUUUUUUUUUUCAUCAAGAUCUGAUUUUUCCUUGGAUUUUGGAGCUUGAGGUUCUUUUAAAGAGAUUCCUUCAUGGAUUCCAUUAAUGCUUGAAUGAUUUAAAAGUUAAAAAAACAACCAUUUCUCUGCAAUUUUUUUUUCUUGGACUUUCUCUCUCUUUGAACAAGAGGGAGAAAAAAAGCAGAGCUUUUAUUUUUAGGGGCAAAUCAUCUUUGGCAAAGAACAAUGAAUAGGGAACUUGAAAUCCUUUCACCAGCUUCUUAUUUACAGACAUCAAAUUGGUUGUUCCAAGAGAGUAAAGGUACUAAAUGGACACCACAAGAGAACAAGUGUUUUGAAAAUGCUUUAGCUUUGUAUGAUAAAGACACACCUGAUAGAUGGUUUAAGGUAGCUGCCAUGAUUCCUGGUAAAACAGUUGGUGAUGUUAUCAAACAAUACAGGGAAUUAGAAGAAGAUGUUAGUGAUAUAGAAGCUGGUUUGAUCCCAAUCCCUGGUUAUAGUAGUGAUUCUUUUACGUUGGAAUGGGUUAAUGAUGGUCAAGUGUUUGAUGGGUUUAGAAAUUAUUAUUAUACACCUGGUGGUAAAAGAGGGACUGGGACUAGACCUGAUCAAGAAAGGAAGAAAGGUGUUCCAUGGACUGAAGAAGAACACAGGCAAUUUCUAAUGGGGCUUAAAAAGUAUGGCAAAGGUGAUUGGAGAAACAUUUCGCGGAAUUUCGUGACUACGAGAACACCGACUCAAGUGGCGAGUCAUGCUCAAAAAUACUUCAUCAGGCAAGUAACCGGAGGGAAAGAUAAGAGAAGGUCAAGUAUCCAUGACAUCACGACGGUUAACAUCCCCGAUACCAUCUCUUCUUCACCGGAUCAAAGCAAGCCUUUGUCUCCAAGUAAUUCUUCCACAGUCAUGCAACCACAACAACAACCGAAAGCAACCAGUGUUACUAAAGAAAUCCUCGACUUCGAGUGGAACCAACGGAAUGAAGGAGCAGCUAUCAUUUUCGACCAGACGAGCAGCGGCAAUGCACUCCUCUCACCUUACUGUGGGAUGAUUUCUUCAUAUGGACCUCAAUUCGGAUCGUACAACGCUCUUUUCCAGUCUAUGCAACAUCCAUAGAUCUUCAUCGAUGAAUCAAUCAAAAGCCCUUGUAUCAGCUAGCUUUGAUCAAUUCCACAUGUGUAUAUGUUGAAGAUGCAAUUUAGUCCCAUAUUUAUCAAUCACUGUAAUGAGAGAUCACUUAAAUGGUUAUGUGAUUAUCAUUGAAAUUAUGCAUCAUUGAACCAUAAAAAGAAA